GGACAGAGAUCGACAGAAAUGAGCAAGCGAGGCACAAGACGUCGCUUUGCAGACUGGUGGAAGCGCAGGACUACGCGGAUGAAGUCUACUCCACUCCUCUCGGCUGACUCGUUCGACGAGAGGCUGCGCAACGUCUUUUCGCUCCACGCAGCAACCCCAGUGCUAAAUGAAUAUCUUUCGUCGAUCGAAAUCGACGACGACGAUCCCGGUUUCGUGCUGAGCUGGGACUUGGACAACCUGAACGCAUUUGUGGCGGCAGCGAAUGCUCUAAACCCAGCCCGUGCGGCGGGUUGGGUGCGGACACGACCCCCACACAUGACGGCCAAUUCAUUCACAGACGAUAUCGUUCAUGAGCUACAUCAAGUGGCUGGAGGUCGGUGUGGGCGUGUGCUGCUGGCGCCGAAUAGUUUUGAACAGUUUGGCGCCAUUACGCUGAUGAUAGGCGCCCUACAGCAUGAUGAUUUCCUGCAAGACGCUGCUCAGGUUGCACUCCCAGUUGUCAACAAUGUCGAGCGAUAUAUCGCCACGACGUAUAACCUCACGGACACCAAAGCGCAGCGAUCAGUAGAGAACAAUCUCCCACCUACUCGUCGGAACGGUCAGCCAUUGCGUCGGAUCUUCAUUUAAUGCUGUCGCCUGUGCGCCGAAUCGUAGCUUUCUAUUGCGUCCCAAUGAGUAGUACAGACAACGACGGUGAGAUCCGCCCGGUGUCAGAACAGUAACCUUCAUAUAUAAUAAAAGUAUAACGCGCGACAGCAAU